AUGCCUGUCUUUUCAUCCUGCCUGGCGCAAUCCCUUCUCUUUCUCUUCUCCUUGUGGCUUCUCACCACCUUUGUUCCCUUGGGUCUGUCUUUUCAUUCUCUACCCCACGCUCCUUUCUUCCAGUUCUUGGGGGAUAACUGUGCUGUGCAGCACAGUCGCUUGGAUGAGCAACCAUGCCACACGGACAUGGACAUCACGACCAUGGGGGUGCGCACAACUGGUGAUAAUCCAAAUGGACACGUUGAGACACUAGUGACAGUGGUUUAUGUCACUGCUUCUCCCACGUUUGAGGGCCCGAUCGGUGGAUAUGUAACCCAAACCGUGGGAGAUAUGAAUACGCAGACAAAGGCAGUGGGAGUUGGUCCUCCUGUGCAGCAGACAAACCCGCCGCCACAACCGACAGAGCAAACGGCGCAAACGACAGAGGUUCCAACAACCAUCCUCACUGCCCCGGCACCACCUCCCACGACUGAACCUCCCUCUACGACCGAACUCCCAUCCACAACCGAAGCCCCUUCGACGGGUCCAAGUACCACGAGCGAGGCUCUUCCAACGACGACAUCUCUUUCUGCCGCCAUCUUGACCUCUGCCGCCGCAGCAACCUCGUCUACUAUCACGUCCGCCGGCUUAGAUCAAACGCCCGCCGCGUCAUCAUCAGCUGCGUCUCCGACUGCCAGCGUGAAAGCAUCCAGCUCUGGGGGGCUGUCUCCGGGUGGCAAGGCUGGUCUAGCACUUGGGAUCCUGUUGGGAAUUGCCGCGAUCGCCGGAAUGGUGCUCUUCUGGCUACACAGGAAGAAGAAGGAGCAGGAGAGCCUUGCUCAGAGCGACAAUGAGAAGUCUGCUGCUGGAGGCCCAGCCUCAGCGAUGAAUCCCCCGCCUAUGACCCAGUCAACAGUCCCGCGACGACCUACAAUCCCCUCUACUCCCCCUCAGGUCAGCUUGCGCCCAGUCACUCAAUUCUCUCCCAACCUCGAUUUGACCAAAGCAGCUGGCGGAAAUUCGGCUGCUGCGGGCGCUUUCGGUGCUGGAGUAGGAGCGGCAGCUGGAGCUGCGGCUGGAGCUGCGGCUGUCGCGUCAACCGGUGCUUCGCGUAAUCUGACGGGCAAUCAAGUGAGCGAGAGGCCUUACAACGGCACUGCUCACAAUCCGCCUCAGCAGUCUCCCAGAGUGGCCAACGCGGCUCAGAAUCCAUUCAAGGACCCGGUGAAUCCGUUUGAGAACCCUGCAGAGGCCUCUUCUCCGCCGCCCCCCGUGUCCAAGGAUGGUUCGGAUGCUACGUCUCCGGUUCGUGAGUUGACUACUCCUCCUGCUGGUUCUGCGACUGCUCCAGCCGGUCCUAGCACUGCUCCCUCCAGUCCUAGUACCCCUCCUGCUGGUACUAGCACUUCUGCUGGUCCUAGCACAUCUACCGGCCCUAGCACUCCUCCCGCCGAUACUAGUACUCCUACCGGUCCUGCUCAUCCUGCCGGUUCUGAAUCAGGCGCUUCUGCCGGCGAAGCCGCUGGAGUCGCUGCUGGAAUCGCUGCUGGGGCGGCAGCAGUGGCUGUUUCCAAGAGUGCCGACAAUCCUAGCCCGACAAAGCCACCGUCUCCGGAACCUCGUGAAGCUUCAGGCAGCCCCGAUAGUGCAGCCAGCGCUGGCUCUCGUCCACAGUCCCCUGCCGUGCCGUUCCAAAGCAAUGUGUACCGCGUGCACAUGGAUUACAUUCCGGCUUUGAGUGACGAGAUAGAGCUCCGUGCUGGUCAGCUUGUGCGACUCCUGCAUGUUUACGAUGAUGGUUGGGUAUCGCUCCGCGGAGUUGCCUAUCUGCACAUCCUCUCCAGCCCCGUGGCACUGGGCAAGGCCCUCGAGGUCCGAACGGACGUCCAAUGUCUCCGGCAGGCGGUCGCAAGGGUCCCCCAGCGGGAGGACCUCCCCGUUUCUACCAGGAGCGCCCUAUGUCUCCAAAUCGCCCUCCAUUCCCUGCCCCGCCUCGCUCUCAGCCGGGCCCUCCGAUGUCUCCUGCGUCCUACGCUGAUGUUCCACGACCGCUCACUCCUUCCCGGAAUUCGCCUACAAGCCCUAAUCCUGGUUCCUAUGGACCUCCAGGAGCGCCGAGGCCGUCAAGCCCUGCCGGUGGAAACAACGGGCGGGCAAAUGGGCCACCAGGACCGAGUCCUCUAG